AUGGAGAAGGCUACCCGGAUAUUCAUGUUCCUGUGUGCUAAAGUCUUGAUUGUUCAGGCUACGGAAACAUGUCCAGAUGUGAAGAUUGUGGGCCUUGGGGCUUCUGAAAAGCUCACUAUCCUUCAAGGCUGCCCUGGACUUCCCGGAGCCCUUGGUCCAAAAGGAGAAGUUGGUUCUCCAGGAAUGACAGGGGAAAGAGGCCCUCCAGGGAGCCCAGGAGAGUCAGGAACACAGGGUCCCAAAGGAGACAAAGGGGAUCCUGGGAUGCCUGGAAGCUUAGAUGAGAAGGAACUGGAAACUCAGCUGUGCAAGACAGGAGCAAGAAAUUGUAAGGAAUUGUUGGGUAGGGGGAAUGUCCUCAGUGGCUGGUAUACCAUCUACCUCUCUGACUGCAAGCCUCUUACUGUGCUGUGUGACAUGAACACUGAUGGAGGGGGCUGGAUUGUUUUCCAGAGACGAGCUGAUGGGUCUGUGAACUUUUUCCGAUCCUGGGCUGCUUACAAGAAGGGCUUUGGCAGCAGACUGGGGGAGUUUUGGCUGGGAAAUGAUAAUCUUCACUUGCUGACAGCUCAGGAUGAUAGUGAACUCCGAAUCGACCUCCAAGACUUUGAACACAAUCACCACUUUGCCAAGUACAGGUCAUUCCAGGUUGCUGAGGAGACUGAAAACUACAAAUUGAGUCUGGGAGCCUUUGUGGAUGGAAAUGCAGGUGGGUUAGGGAUUGAUCCAUAA